AAUGAAGGUAGGUGAGUCUGCUGACGGGGCAGCUUUAAGAUGAGAUGUGGGCUGUUUUAAUAUACUGUUUUUAUAACGCAACGGAUGCUCGAAUUUCCUACGUAUUCAAAAAGAAGCUCCACUUGCUGUGAUGGACUUUCCAGGUCAUUUCCAGCAUAUUUUCAAACAGCUCAACCACCAGCGCCUGCACGCCCAGCUGUGUGACUGUGUGGUGCUGGUUGGAGGUCAGACCUUCCAGGCCCACCGCUCCAUCCUGGCUGCCAGCAGCUCUCACUUCAGGGCUCUCCUCAACUCCAGUGAUGAGGGCUCAGGAGCUAAGGAAGAAGGAGCCCAACGUGUGAUGGAGCUGGAUCCAGGGGUUGUGACGCCAGAGGCCUUCUCCACCCUCCUGGAUAUGAUCUACACCUCCACACUCUCCUUAGGGGCCUCCAAUUUGAUGGAUGUGCUGUUGGCAGCCUCCCAUCUCCACCUUAAUGCCGUGGUCAAGGCCUGCAAGCUGCACUUGUCCAGGAAAAACUUUCCUGCCUCAGCACCUAAAGGCUGGAGGUCGCUGCAGCAGCAGGUGCGGCAAAGUCUGUGCUCAUGGGCGGCAACCAUUCCACAGCAUCAGGUAACCUCAGCCACAGAGGAAGACCAUGAGAUAGAUGAUAUGGGAGUGGAGGUAAGCCAGUCUGAUAAGGAUGAAAACAAAGGCAUGGAGGGAAGUGAGCAACUUACAGUGCCAUCUUUGAGACAAAAAAGAAAGUCACAUGAGGAGAUAAUUGGUGACCAAAAGAGGAUGUUCAGCUAUAAGGAGUGUUCACCUACUGUGACCAGAAGCACAGAGGAAGGAGGAGAAGAUCUGUCAUCAUCAGGCUGCCUGAAAAUGACUGGCAGGCAAUGGGACAACCACGGUGAUGAAGAAGAUGAGGAAGAGAAAUACGAGGCAACCAAGGGGGAGUCGGAAGAAAUCCAGCUGCCGACUCAGUCGGACAGCAGCACAGGAGGCGCUGAAGUGUGGAAGAAGUGUGAAGAUACAGAUGGACACCCUGUGGUUAAAGUUCAAGUUGAAGAAGAGGAGCAGGAUGAGCCAAAGAUAGCAGUAAUUGAGGUGAAAAAGGAAAACAUAAGUUCAUAUUGCAACAAUAAAGACACCAUACCAAAUCACUCUCCUCCAUCACCGCUAGAGGCGCAGAUUGGUGAUGAGAAAAUGACCAUGGCUGACCCUGCAGAGGCUGAUGGUGUAACGUUACCAUCGCAGCUGUGCACAGAUGUUAACACAGAUACGCUAACAGGGACUGGAGAUCUGGGUGGGGACACAGUGGAAGGUGAAGGCCUAGACACAUUCUCUGAGCUUGCCUUUUCCUGCUUUCUCAAUCCCAGCAGUGCAAGUGUAAUGGGAGCUUUGGAAGAAGAAGAUACUCUGGCUAGUCUGACAGCUGCUGCCACUGCCGCUGCUGCUGCCAGCGACACUCCCACAGCUCCCGAAGUUGCAACUACACAGAGUCAAAAGUCAGAAGAAGCAAGUGCGUCUUUAGUCCAGCCCUCUGAUUCUUCAUCAUCUCUCGUUUUUCCAGUAACCCCUGUGCCCUUGCAGCAGAUUCUCCCAACUCAGAGCUCUGGAUUCAGUGACACAAUCAUCCUCCAACCCAAUCAGAACUCCUUGGCGGGGUUCUUGAGCAGCAUCAGACCAAGUCUCAGUCUGGACACCUCCCUCGUGCAAACCUUAAAGGCCGGGAAAAGCUCUGGGGCUCCGACUUUCCGCCGCAUCGCCCCCAAAGUAAUGCCUGGAUCAGAAUCUUCCACAGACCCUCCCUCCGGAACAGCAGGAGACGGCGCAGAUAGGCUGAGCCUGACGAGAGCUUCUGAUGACGUUCUGUCCAAGUGCAAGAAAGCGGCUGCUGAGGACCACGUCCUGCUGGUGGAAGGGGAAAAGAAAUACGCCUGCAAGAUCUGCUGCAAGACCUUCAUGAACCUGACUGACUGUAAGAAGCACAUUCGCGUCCACACUGGGGAGAAGCCCUACCCCUGUCCGAAGUGCGGCAAACGCUUCAGUCAGUCCUCCCACCUCUAUAAGCACUCAAAGAACACCUGCAUGAACUGGAAAGAUGAUCAGGCUUUUCCAGACUCCCUGCUGUAGGCUGCACUAAAGACACAAUCUGAUAGAAAUCCUAAAUAUUUAUCAUAGUAAACUCAUGAAAUUCUUAAUUUAUCUGAUAUGAAGUAAAAGAGUCAUAUUUUUCCUGUUCUACACUGUACAAUGAUUUCUGUUAUGGUCCUUAUAAAUUAAGGCAAUAAUGUGAAAAUUCUGAGAAGGCAACUUAAUUCAGACCAGAACACGUGAAAAAAAAACGGACUCAACUUUAUUCAAUUUAAUUUAAUUUAAUUAUAAGACAUAAUUAAAUACUAAAACAUUACUUUCUGUACAUUUAAAUGACAUUUAAGUUAUUAUUUUCCCAUAAAUGCUCAUUUCAUGCAGGGCAUGUGUUUUACUGUUUAAUAAAUGCAGAGCUUUAAUGUCACAUACAAUGCUAAUUUUAAUAAGAAUCACACCUAACAAUGUAGUAAAAGACUGAUUCUGUUUUAUCAUUUAUUUCCAGAUGUUAUAAUGAAAGUUCAAUUCUAUUUUCUAAAAAAAAAAAAAAACAAUAAAAAUCUUUGACUAGACACAGA